AUGGACUUCGUUCCGUUGUGUAUCGACAUUGGAAGGGUCUCCGCACAUAUCAACCCAGACCUGGCUAUCGGACUCGCGACUCAACUACCACCGACAACAGACUCCUUCAAAGAGAACCCUAAAUUCCUGAAUAUAGUACAAGAAGUGUGCUCAGAAUUCGCACAUGAAGAUCCCGAUGCCAAGUCUCAAGCGCAGGUCAUGGUGUCUGUGGCCGGGGCGAAUCUGAAUUCAGGCGGCGUGUUAUCAACCGGCCGGAACGGGAGACGUAGAGGCGACUCGAGCAGUGGUGCUAGCGGUCAAGGUGGUGCAGGCGCCGGUGGACGUGGUGGUUGGAUUCAUGUCUCUGACGGCAGACGGCCGCCUGACUAUGGACGGAUUGCUUGGCCUGAAGAUAUGUUCGGAAGCCUUGAGGUAGAUUCCAAUGGUCAGUUUGUUGGGGAAAAUGGCAAUUAUCAACCAAGUGGUACCUAUCGCAUCCUAACCCGGGAUGGAAUUUUCGGAUUGAGUCCUUUUCUCAGAGAAAAGCUGGUUCAAAAGCUACGAGAGCUUGAGAAGUGA